UAUCCCAGAAAAAUCCCCACACCAGUUGCUUGGGAUCCCCCCCCCCCACAGGGAUGGGUAUGUGUCAGCACUAGCGGAUCUGUCAAACAACCUGGUUCGACAGCUGCAGGUGGUGGGGUCAUCCGGGACUGGACGAGAAAGUGCAAGGGAGCUUUCGUUGUGAACCUGGGGCGGUGUACGAUCACUAGAGCAGAGAUUAUGGCGGCCAUCAGAGGGCUGCAGAUAGCUUGGAGGGCUGGCUUCCGUAAAGUCCACCUCCAAUUGGACUCCAUGACAGCGAUUACCAUUCUUACAUCCCCGGACCAGACGGAGCAUAGAUAUCACAACUUGAUUCAACAAUUCAAAAGACUUCUACAACAUAACUGGGAGAUCAGGAUCUCUCACAUCUUUAGAGAAGGCAACAAGGUUGUAGACUUCCUCGCAAAUAAAGGCCACGCUGCUCGCAUUGGCUUUCAUGAUUUUGAUAUUACGGACCCCGGUCUGUCGUUUAGGCUUUUGUAUGACUCUUUGGGCAUAGCCCAAACCCGUUUAAUUUAA